GCUUCUCCUCCCCCGGGCGGCGCUCCGGGGCCCCGCGCCAUGGCCGAGCUGCUGCGCUUCGUGGUGCCCGCGGGCGGCGGCAAGACGCUGCUGGUGUGGGGGCUGAGCCCGGGCCCCUCGGCCGACGCCCUGCAGCGCGCCUUGUUCUCCGUCUUCUCCCAGUUCGGCCUCCUCUACUCCGUGCGGGUGUCGGCCCACGCGUCCGGAGCCGCCCCGGGCUUCCACGCCGUCGUCAGUUUCUACUCGGCCCGCGACGCCCGCAGGGCCCGGGAGGCCUGUCACCGCCGGACCCUCUUCCAGAAAUCUCCGGUGAAGGUUUGCACGGGCACCAGGCACUGGGGCUUUGAGCGGCGAGACCUCGUCUUGAGUAGCUCCAAGUGCCGGGACUUGGCCAACUACUACCUGGGCUUCAAUGGAUGGUCACAGCGUGUCCUCACGCUACAGAACCUCUCCGGCUUUGACGAGCAAGAGAACUCGGCCGCCGAGCUGCCGUGUUCCGGACAGAGAGUGCGGUAUCUCUGCGUGGUGGAGGUGGUCCUCCCCGGCUACGCGUGUCAGAGCCGUGGGGUGGGCAUAGCCGAAGAGCACGUCUCCCACAGGGCCGAGCUUCUCGGAAAGGUGAAGGAAACUCAGAAGCUGGCUGUUCAGAAAGCCUUGUCGAAUGCAUUUCAAAAGCUGCAGCUUGUGGUUUUAGAGAGUGGCAAAGUAGUCGUGGAGUGCAGAUCUUCUGGGGACUCAGAGAUGGAGGAAGGGGUGGAGGGCUUGCUCCAGGUCCGGGACGUGUCCGGGGAGGACGAGGGCCUGUCCGAUUGCAGCGUGGGCGCCGAGUGACGGCGGGGCGGGGCCGCCGCAUCACG